AUGCGCCCUCUCACUGUUGACACUGGAAAAUCGAAAAAGAUAAUAGAAACUAUGGAUUCUGGAAGUGAGCAGCGAGCGCCACAGGUCUGUUCGCAUUGCAAAAGCAUCAAGAAGGGUUGCGACAAAAGACUUCCGAGUUGCAGUCAAUGUCUUAAACGUCGAGCUGUUUGUAGAUAUGGAGAACCAUCGGAGCCCAGGAGAUACGGCGAUGAAGUAGCCAACUCGAUACCGGCCAUAGAUUCGUCAAGUUCCCCUUCGACAUGGACAUCGAUUCCUAGACCAGUGCUUGGUCGUUUGAACCCAAGCAUGAGAGUCUCGAUAUUACUAAUGAAUUCAAUGUCCGAAAUGAUUCAGGCCAGUGUCCUCGAGCCUAAUGUCUCACAGUCAGUUAUAUCAACGGACGCUAUUUUUCAAUCACAAGUUUACCAUAUCAUUCGAGCCGAUGACCAUUAUAUUGAAGAUGUUGUAAAUCGCUAUUUUAAUGGUGUUCACACUUGGAUACCCAUCAUAUCGAGAAAGAGAUUUGUAGAUCGAUUCCGAAUCCAGAAUAUCAUACCCACUGCGGAUUUUUCGAUACUACUACUGGUUAUGCGGCUUUUGGCACAAUUCCCUUCACCGGAUCCCGACAUCGAUCAGGAACGGGAAAUACUAUAUCUGGCUACAAAGACGCUAUUUACUCAGGUCCAACCAUUUGUUCCAAUAUCACUGGCAUUGGUCCAAGCUGGUAUUUUACUUUCUCGUUAUGAACAAGCACAUGGAAUGAUUGAUGCCGCUUAUAUUACUUGUGGUACGGCUUCGCGUAUGGCAUUUACUUUGAAUCUUCACAACGCUGGUUGUUCGACGGCCUUACAGGGGAGUGAUAAUUGGUUAGACGAGGAGCAGGCUCUUUCAACGUGGUGGGGACUUGUGAUAUGUGACAGGACUAUUGCAUAUGAUAGUCGAAUGGAGGGACGUCCACUAGCAACGCGGUCCAUACGAGAAGAAGAAUAUCUUCCCUUGGAAGCUGAAGAAAUGGCAGGCACCGCUCCAGUUAUGUCGCCUCGAUAUCGAUACUUCGUUUCCGCAACCACACUCCUAAACAUCGGUACCUUUGGCCGCGAAUGUCAAUCAACCUACAUCCUAGAAAAAGCGCAAACCGCAAUUCAAGAUCCCAACUUCAACCAAGACAAACUUAUGACCCUAGGUCUCGAAAUGCAAAGUCUCCUCAGCACCGUCAUGAACCAAACGGCAGGCCGCUGGGGUCCCUACCACGGAGCCACUAAAAACUUAAUACUCGGCAUGUACACCCUCCACUGCGCAGCCCUCAAAUCCGAGUCCAUUCGCCACGCAGAAACCGUCAAAGCAACUCUCGACACCGUAACAAGAAUGGUCAUCGACAUCGCGCGCGCUUUCAAUGCAUCGUCCGCUGACUGCGAUCUCGAGACUCUGGCACCGACUAUUGCGCAUAUUGUGAGAUGCGCGCAGCAGCAUAUUGCUACAUGUACAGAUCCGAGGAUUGAGCGUUGGUUAAGGGAUUUUGAGGCCUUGAGACGGAUGUUGGGGUUUUUUGCCGGGAGGUGGUUGGGUGCUGCGCAUGAAUUGAGGGUAAUUAAUCAGACUGCGGAUUCGGUGCUAUCAAGGAGAUAG